UAUUGUCCAUUGAGAUGGUUCAGCUCGAGCCAAGCCAAUGGCGUGAGCUGUGAUGGGGCUGAGGCGCUCACCCCUCGCAUCACAUUUUUACCUUUUCUUCCUCUUUAAUCCGUUUUUCGCGGAUGGCCAUCUACUUUGUGCCUCUCCCCCACCUCUCCUCGGAUGGUUCUCUCUCCCCAAAACUCCCCAAUUCUAUCGGCAAGAACAGCACUGGAGCUUCAGCCUUCAGCAUAAUGUUGGGAAUCUCUUGAUACGAAAUCAGGCGAGGAUUCUUCAACAACAUUCAGCAUGUCAGUUUCGAUGAAGGAUUUGGACCCGGCCUUCCGCGGAGCUGGACAAAAGGAUGGUCUGGAGAUAUGGCGUAUUGAGAAUUUUAAGCCAGUUCCUGUGCCAACAUCUUCAUAUGGAAAAUUUUACAUGGGUGAUUCAUAUAUCUUCUUGAAGACAACGGUGUUAAAAAAUGGUUCCUUUCGCCAUGAUAUUCAUUAUUGGCUUGGCAAAGAUACUAGUCAGGAUGAGGCUGGAACUGCUGCAAUUUUAACUGUGGAGCUUGAUGCUGCCCUUGGAGGGCGUGCUGUCCAGUACCGGGAGUUACAAGGCAAUGAAACUGAUAAUUUUCUCUCAUAUUUUAGACCUUGCAUCAUGCCGCAGCCAGGAGGGGUGGCUUCUGGGUUCAACCAUGUAGAAAUCAAUGAGCAGGAGCACGUUACCCACUUAUAUGUGUGCAGAGGAAAGCAUGUUGUCCAUGUUAAAGAGGUUCCUUUUGCCCGUUCAUCUCUCAACCAUGAGGACAUUUUUAUUUUGGAUACCAAGUCCAAAAUUUUCCAGUUCAAUGGCUCAAACUCAUGCAUUCAGGAGAGAGCAAAAGCUCUUGAAGUUGUGCAGUAUAUCAAAGAUACUUUCCAUGAGGGCAAGUGUGAAGUUGCAGCAGUUGAAGAUGGGAAGUUGAUGGCCGAUCCCGAAGCCGGUGAUUUUUGGGGUUUGUUUGGUGGCUUCGCUCCUCUUCCAAGGAAGAUACCUUCAGAGGAUAAUGGGGAAGACAGAGAAAUUGUUGUCAAAUUGCAAUGUUUAAACCAAGGAAAGUUGGUGCAUAUUAGUUUUGAAUCCUUGACACGUGAGUUGCUUGAGUCAAACAAAUGCUACUUGCUAGACUAUGGUGCUGAAAUGUAUGUUUGGAUGGGCAGAAGUACUUCUCUGCAAGAAAGGAAGGGUGCAAGUGAAGCUGCUGAGAAACUACUCAUUGAUGGUAGCCGAACAAAAUCACACCUUAUCAAAGUGAUUGAGGGUUUCGAAACAGUAAUGUUCAAGUCAAAAUUUAGUGAGUGGCCACCCACACCUGAUUUGAAACUGUCAUCUGAGGAUGGAAGAGGCAAAGUUGCAGCUCUCCUCAAAAGCCAAGGAUUAGAUGUUAAAGGCUUGAUGAAAGGUGCACCUGUAAAAGAAGAACCUCAGCCUUAUAUUGAUUGCACAGGUCAUUUGCAGGUCUGGCGUGUAAAUGAAAAGGACAAGACCCUUCUGUCAUCCCCUGAGCAGUCGAAAUUUUAUACAGGAGAUUGCUACAUUUUUCAAUACACAUAUACUGGAGAUGAGAAGGAGGAAUGUCUUAUUGGAACUUGGUUUGGGAAGAAGAGUGUUGAGGAGGAGAGAACGACAGCGAUAUCACUGGCUAACAAGAUGGUUCAGACUGCAAAAUUCCAGGCUGCCCAGGUUCGCCUUUAUGAAGGGAAAGAACCAACUCAGUUCUUUGUCAUAUUUCAGAGUCUUCAAGUGUUUAAGGGUGGCCUUAGCUCUGGAUACAAGAACUUUCUUGCUGAAAAUGGCAUUGGGGAUGACACUUACUCCGACGGUGGGCUUGCCCUAUUCCGGAUUCAGGGCACAGGAUCAGAAAACUUGCAAGCACUUCAAGUAGAUGCAGUGGCUUCAUCCUUAAAUUCGUCCUAUUGUUACAUUCUACACAAUGGAAACACUGUGUUCACAUGGACUGGUAACCUUACGACCUCACUGGAUCAUGACUUGGUUGAGAGGCAGCUUGAUGUAAUCAAGCCAGAUCUCCCUUCAAGGUCACAAAAAGAGGGGAGAGAAACCGACCAAUUCUGGGAAUUACUGGGUGGUAAAUCCAAGUAUCCAAACCAAAAGGUAGUAAGAGAGCUUGAAAGUGACCCCCAUCUGUUCUCGUGCAUCUUAUCCCAAGGCAAUGUAAAGGUCAAAGAAAUACACCACUUUACUCAGGAUGAUCUGAUGACAGAGGAUGUUUUCGUUCUUGAUUGUCACUCGGACAUAUUUGUUUGGGUUGGCCAGGAAAUGGAUGCCAAAGUGAAAUCACAAGCUAUGUAUAUUGGAGAGAAAUUUCUUAUGCUCGAUUUCCUUAUGGAAAAUCUCUCCCAAGAAACACCAAUAUUCAUUGUUUCAGAAGGUAGUGAGCCACAAUUUUUUACUAGGUUCUUCAACUGGGACUCAGCAAAAUCACUGAUGCAUGGCAGUUCAUACCAGAGGAAGCUUGCCAUUGUAAAGGGUGGAGCAACUCCAUCAUUGGAUAAACCAAAACGACGAACACCGGCAUUUUUGGGAAGGAGUGCAGGACAAGAUAAGUCUCAGCGCUCGAGAAGCAUGUCGACCAGUCCAGAUCGUCCCCGUGUUCGAGGAAGGUCUCCAGCCUUCACGGCGUUAACUUCUGCCUUUGAGAACCCAAGUACCAGGAAUCUUUCCACCCCUCCACCUGGUGUCAAAAAACUUUUCCCAAAAUCUUGUGCACCUGAUCAGUGGAAGCCAUCGUCCAAACAAUCAGCUAUCAGUGCUCUCACCAGCUCUUUUGAGGGUCCCAUGAAAAGUAUAAUACCAAAGUCAGUAAAAGCGAGUCCUGAGCUAGAGAAGGCAAUACAGGAGGAAGAUGCCACAGGCAAUGGCAAUGUAGGUGAAAAUGAGCCAGAGGAUGAUGAAGAGCGCACAAUGUACCCCUAUGAAUGUCUGAUAACCACAGUUGAAGAUCCUGUCCCCGACAUUGACGUGACCAAGCGAGAGGCCUACUUAUCAUCAGCGGAGUUUAGAGAGAAGUUUGGCAUGACAAGGGCGGCAUUCUACAAGCUUCCCAAGUGGAAGCAGAACAAACUGAAGUCUGAUGUCCAGCUCUUUUAGCCUGCGUGUUGUCGUUGUAGUCGUCUUUGCUUCUGAAGGCAGCAACCAUUUCGGAGGACACCAAUUUUGGCGUCUGGAGUUGUUCUCUUCACCUGGUCUAUACCCGUUCCUUUGCUAGCUCUGAUUGUUCUAUCCGUAAAUAGGUUCCGGGAUAUGUUUUCUUUUUCUCUAGUUGAUUCAGAGGUCAUACCGGUUUUCUUGUCGGGCUCUCAUUCAAUCAUGUAUCCAUUCUUUUUUGGGAAUUCGGCUUGGUCAGACAUAUCUGUACCGGGCAGCAAAGAUCCACACGAUUGAGAUAGUUGUAGUCUGGCGCAAUGGCGUCGAGCUUGUACAGCAGAAGAUUAACGAACCUGAACGGUUUCCUCAUUUUUUAUGUUUAUUUCAUCAAUAAUAAA